CGCCCCGUAGAUCUCGUCUUCCCCCUUCGCCUUGUUCACCCUCCUGCCCGAUUCAAAAUUUUCGAGCCCUCCCCUCCCACGAGCCGUUUCUCUUCCGCUUCCAUGCCCAAACCCUAGUCCCGCAGCCACCUCCGCGACGGCGAGCCAGCCAUGGAGCACCUGUUCAUGCAGCUCUUCGAGAGCAGGGACUGGCUGGCCGCGCAGAUGGAGCAGCAGGCCGACUCCUACGCCCAGACCCUCGCCUGCAGACUCCUCGCCGCCGGCCACCGGCCACCGGACUGGCUCCUCCCUUCCCACCCCGACGAGCGGCAGGAGCUGAAUGGAAAACCAACUGUUCCGAGGUUAGUUUUCACUGGAAGCCAGAUUACUACACCAGCAACCAAUAGGACUUUCUUUCUGCCUCCAGCUGUUCCUAGUACUUCGUUCAGAGAGUUCAAGGUUCAAAAUGGAUAUACCCACCCAGAAUUUAAUUGUGCUGCUCUGGAUACUGAUCAAUAUGAAAAGCCACAGCAAGAGCAGACUUCACUUAAUCAUGAGCUUUCCGAGACUUGUGAUGCUUCCAAAAUGUUUUCAAGGAUUCAGCGUUCCAGGUCAAGGAGAAGGAAUAUUGCAGAUCGCCGAUAUGGAAGAGAUCAAUAUGCAAAGAGUGGAAGCCGUGAUGAUAUGCAAGAUGGGAUGCAUAGAUCUAAACCUGUGACUGUGCAAUCGAACAGAACUGCUGCAUCAUCAUCCUCAAUACCAUCUGGCGAUGUUGCAAACAGUGCUGAAACAACAUCCUCAAGGCCAGGUCAGGGUAAUGGUUUUUGUGCCAGUCAGGGAAGGUCGACUGAUUUCUUGAAGUGCCACAACAAUCUUGAAAACCAAGGAGUUCAGUUAGAUAGUUUCCCGUCACUGAUUCUAGAGAACAAAAUUGUCUGUUCUGAUAGCGAUGCCAAGGUUAGUAACAACUGUUCUGCUAGAGAUUUGCUGAGUGUGCCACUUCCAGAUCUCUCUAAGCUAAACGUUGCAGAUACUGUGUGCCAUCUGAUGCCUGAAAUUCAUAUUUUGGUUGCGCCAAAAACACUUCAAUUUGAUGGAUGUGAAACAGUUUGUAUGAAUCCUGCCCACGAACAUACGAGCCAGCCACAGGAAUCUGGUUUGGAAAGUGACCAUCAUGAUCUCGCUGGUAGAAAUCCUUUAAGUGAAGACCCAUCUUCUACCAGUUCUCAGGGACCUUAUUCUAUGGGCAGGUCGUUGCUUGAUGGUGUUAAAUCAGGGCAUUUGAACCCUGGCAGUGCACCAGUGAAUCAGCACCAUAAAUAUGCUUUGGAAUGUGGCCAUCCUGAUCUCACUGGCAUGCAUUCUCUAAAUAAGGAACCAUCUUUGACCUGUUCAGCUGAAGCACCGAAUGCUAUGGGUGAACCAUUGCUUCAAAAGGAUACACAACAUAUACCUGAAACUGAUUAUUUGGGAAGAGCAUGUUCUAAUGUCAGCCGACCACUUGAAAUGGAUACAUCAGAUGGUAAGGAAACCAACUGUUCUGAAAGGCCUUGUUCUGUUGGCAAUCUGCUGCUCGAAAAUGUUACAUUGCAGACUGUAGAAGAUACUGAAAAACUACAGAGCUCCAAUUCUCAUGUCUCACAUCUUUACAGUGGAUCUUUGCAGCUACCUACCCAACUAGCUGACGCAAGGUUUGGGGUUCAUGCAUCAUCAGGAAUAUCUCAGAACCAAUAUUUAUUGGCCAGACCAACUUUGGAAUUCAAUGGGAGUUUUCCAGAUGCGGAUGCUCCCUUGGGCCAUCCUCCUCUGGGCAUGCAAAAUGAGACACGAAACAUGGUACCUGAUUCGAUCAAGUGCCAUUCAGGAAAGUUGGGUGAUGAUUCUCAGGUAAACAAAGCAUACAAUGGCUCUUCUGAUAACAGAAAGAAUGAGUGUGUGGUGCUGAAAGUUAUGUCCAGUAUUUCAUCUGGAAGAAUCAGAGAGAUGCACGAAACAGAAAGGCACAGUGUGACUUCGUCAGAAAAAUGCAAUGGAAGCCUGCAACAAGGAGAACAAGUGACUCCUCAUGUUGAGAAUGCUGUGCAAAUAAAUGCUAAUUCAUGCACAGCAGAGAAUGUUGAGGAAAUGAAAUCUGAACGUAGUUCAGAAUCAAGUGAGAAGAAUAAUAAGCUCCAGCCAGGCAGAGGAAAAGCUCAGAAGAGGUCAGUUGCAGAUGGUGCUCAGAUAAAUGGGGUUACGUCAUCCAAAAGAAAAAGAAUAAAAUGCCAAGACAUUGCACUUUGCAGUUCUUCCGACACAAAUUCAUUGUCUCUGAACCACCACGAUGUCAUUGGCACCCAUAUGGUAACUGCCGAAAAUUUCUCAGGAAAAUCACAAGCUUCACGUCGUUACUCCUUAAGGAGUUCAGGAUUCUGUGACUUCAUGUCUCUCAAGUCUGAGACAAGGAAUGAUGCAAUGAACCGCAAGAUGUCAGUUGUAUGUGAUGUUCAAGAAAAUGGGAAUUCUCUUCCCAAACUAAGAAACAGGGCUAGUCUAUCCUAUGUUUCCCUCUGCAACUCUUCUAUUGCAAAGGCUUUAUCACCUAAUUUUAAUCGCGGUAUCGGCAGCACAAGUGCACUUGAAGGAAUGGACUUCCACAACUAUCAAGCACAGUUACAAAAUAUAUUUGAUAUUGCCUCUACGUCCGCUUUGCCUAGCUGCUCUAAUAUCAGACCUAAUAAUGAGGAACACUGCACACAAGAGGAAAAUCCUUGCUUGGAAGGUGAGGGCCUAAGUGUUAUCAAUGCCACUGUGGAACAUCAGCAAAUGGCUCUUCAGAUGGAUAAAAUGUCGUCUCAGAGUGUAAUAUUAAAUCCAGAAAAUUAUCCGAGCACUGAUUCAACAAAUAUAUUUCCAAGUUAUGCUUUAGAUCAACAUGGCAAAUGGGCAUCUACUUCAAUUGUAUUGGUUCAUGAGAACUUAAGUUUUGGCUCCGGCAUAGAACUUGAUAGGAAAUGUAAAAGUGAGGAUCUAACAGGCUGUUUGUUGUCUGAUGCUACUAUCCCAAGGCAAAAGGAUGAUGAUGUUGAUGGUAAUGAUUCACUGCCACAAUUCGAGAGCUUUGGUUUCUCUGUUCCAUUUGACAGCCCAACUUCCGAAAAAAGGAUAUUUGAGACCCUUUGUGAUUCCAGACAUUUUCCUACCUUAAGUUCUGAUAUCUCUAAUAAGUAUAAGAUGAACACAGCAAGUGGUAUGCAUCAGCUACCGGCAACUAUGUCAGAGAAAGCUACAAACUGUUCAUUCCAUGAUGAUGUAAGACAAUACAGUGCAAGUAAUGAUGGGAGCACAGAAGAUAUUUUUGGUUCAUGUGGAUUGGGAGAUAAUGGCUCCUUUUUUACUUCUGAUGUUGUGGCCUCAUGUUCUUCAAAUGCUAGCAACAAACAAGAGAAUAAUGAAAAUCCAUUGACCCCUGCAGUUGAAAAGUAUAAUCUGGGGAAACUUUCAGCAAGAUUCGGAUCUGUUUCAGAGCAUAUGGGUUCUAUUCCUGAGCUUUCGUGCUUCCGAAUUGAUGAAGACAGUGGCAUUGCAGAAGAAAAUGAGUACCAAGACAUAUUACCUGGAUCAGUUGGUAACCAGAGGCAAUCUGGCAGAAAAGCACUUCGGGACAUCACUGGAUUUUGUCAAAACACUGGGAAUUCUGCCUCAUAUUCCAUGGGUAUCAUGGAUGCAGGUAACACAGAUUUUGUUACGGAAACUUGCAGCAGCGAAUUCCAUCAUGAUUCAGAUCUCAGGAAUGAUAAUGAUACAAAGAAGCCUAAAGAAAGUAGUACUUCUUUUGUUAAGAAAGAAGGAAAAGGGUCCCAUUUUCUACAUACCAGAUUCAGCAAGACAGAAGUAACUGAUAACAGAAAUCAAAGACACACGAGUGAAGCAAAUCUUCGCAAACAAUCUAAGCCUAGCAAUAUCGUUGCCAAUGUGGCAUCUUUUAUACCUAUUGUAAGACCAAAGGUGCAAUCCACAGCAGCAUGCAUGAGAAAAGAUGUUAGAGUGAAGGCACUUGAGGCAGCUGAAGCUGCAAAGCGUCUCGAAGAAAAGAAACGAAAUGAGCGUGAAAUGCGCAAAGCAGCUGCAAAAUUAGAGCGUGAGAAACUGAAGCAAGAGAAAGAAUUAAAGCAAAAACAGGAAGAGGAACAAAAGAAGAAACGAGAUGCUGAUGUGGCAACUAGGAAGAGGCAGAGGGAUGAGGAGGAAAAGAAGGAAAAGGAGAGAAAAAGGAAAUGUGCUGAAGAAACUCGAAAACAACAGAAGCAGCCUAUGGAAAGAAGGCACGCCAACUAUGAGAAAGAUGCUCAUACAGAAGCUCCUUUGUUGCAGGAUAUCAAGCAGCUACAGAAGAAUUUGGCUGAAGCGAUGAAAAGCCAAGUAAAACCUGAUGAAAUGACAGGUCUUGGAUACAAGGCCACUAAAAGUAACAAUGAAAAGGUUGUGGUAGUCGAUGACAGGCCUUCAAGUUUUGGAUCUCAUGCAAAGGAAAAUAUCCCAAACAGUCUUGAGGAGUCAUACGUGAUGACUCCGUAUAAAGAUUCUGAUGAAGAGGAUGAUGAUGAUUUCGAACAUAAAGAAGCAUCAAGACGUAGAAGGAAAUUGACUCCAUCAUGGGUUCGGGAAGAAAACUUGGUUAAAAUCUUAUUAUCCAAUCAGGAUUUAGACGCUAAAGCAAUCUUUGCACAAAAAGGCUCCUUUAACCUAUCUGAUGUUUUUCCGGUCCACGUUCCGCAACGUUGUUUCAGAUAAUUUUCCAUUUGACGAACUAUUGGCCGAUAUACUGUUGCCCUUCUUCGGGCAUCGCCAGCCUGCUUUUGUCAGCAGAGAUGUGUAUAAGCUGAUCACCAUUCUCUCCUUCACUAGAGAAUUCACCUAUGUAUAAGAACAAUCUUGUACCAUCAUGCAAUUGCGGCAACAGUCGUUGUGCAUGGUUUUGAUUUGUUCACGAAGACUUUGGAACUAUUCUUUGCGCUGAUGUUGCUCAGAGUAGAGUUCUUGCCUGUGCACUGUACUCGAACCAGUAGCACAGUAGCAAUAAAUCUACUUGUAGUGUGUAUUCCAUAUUCUCUAGUCUCCAAUACCAUAAUGCCAUAAUUUAAACAUGAAAGGAGAAUUAUGUGC